GUUUACUAUGGGCCAUAAGAAUCCAGUGUGACUGUACACUACAUGUCUGUUGUCUUGUUGAAUAUUAUGUUGUAUGCAUUGAAGCUGAUCUAUCUGCAGACUAGGCUGGCCAGUAUUCGUAGAAGGUCGCAUUCUGGUUUGUCGUAACAUGAAAUGAAUGUUUCUGGAUAUCCUGGCUGUAUGUAGGGAUUAUUGUGGAACAUUUCUGAGUUUGCGCAGUCUCUGUUUCUUUGUUUCCUAACCGAGUUCUGGACCAAUAUACUCUGUACAAGAAGGCUGCCUGAAGUGACAAUCUAGCCUCUGUUCAUCCACUGUGUAUAGAUUUCGACAUGGUAGCUCUUGAUGUGUUGGUAGGCUGGAUUUAAGCUCAAGUUUGAAUUUGAGGAAGCAGUACUAGACAUUAACUGAAAGACUGUGUCAUCCAACUGGGUCACCAGACUGAUACAACCCAUUGGAGUUUCUCCUGAGAGGUUUCUGUUAACUUUGCAGUGAAACAACCAAUCUUGGUUGUCAAGAAUAACAAAGUAAACAUCAUGGCUUUGUUAAUGAGUGAUUUCAACCUGCGUCAUCACUGUAUCUUAUGGAUAACUGUAGUACUGUGCAUAACAAGGACUGCUAGCGUUGUAAAGGCAGACCAAAUUAGCAACACACGAGCAUGGAGUGGGCUUCAUAGUGAACUCAAGAAUGAAUCCCCUGAGACUAUAAACUCCGGUUUGGAUAGAGCAGAAUUAUGGAAGCCAGUAUCAUUGGGAGCCGGUAUGUUGGAUGUUACAGCAACUGUGGGCAGAGUAUUCAAAUAUGCUGUCCCUCAAGAUGCAUUUCUUGGAGACAACUUGAAAUACAAGAUAACUGAGGCAGGGAGAGAUACACUACCAUCUUGGCUAUUCUACAACGAAGUAACACAAACUGUACAAGGCAUCCCAUCAGAAGCAGAUCUGGAUCAGUACUACAUGCAAGUCACUGCUGCUGGAAGGUCCUUCAACUCUACUGACAUUGCUCUAGUAACAGACAUCUUCUCCAUCUCCGUCCUACCAGAGAGAAGAGUCCUAACAACAUCCGCUACACUGCUCAAGGAAACCACUACUUCCACUAAAGGAAGUUGUGAUGAUGACGAGGCAGCAAUUGAAGCAACCAUCAUACUGGAUGCCAACUGGGACAAAAUGCUGCCCAAAGAACGCCAGGAAGUGGUAUCUGAGAUGUCUAAGCAUUCCAGACUUGGACUGGAUGUUUUUCGGUUACUACCAGCUGGUAGUAAGAGCCUGCUUGAUGGGUCACUGAUGGUUGCUGGUCCAGGUAAUGUCAAACGUGAGAAGUAUCCAGGAAUUGCUCUAAGUUGGAAGAUAGGCUGCAGCAGGACCAACAAUGUGGAUAAGUUUCCAGUGGUGACAGUCCUAGAGACUGCAUCCAAGGAUGGUUCCAUGGCCAGCAAACUCAAGCAUGAUAUUAUUGGUUGGCGAGUGACCAAUGACAGACCAGAUAGACUGAGACGUGUAAGACGGCAAGCUAAGCUAAUGGGAACACCUAUGCCAACCCCAAUGCCGUCCAUCACCACACCUAAACCAACAAUGGUGAAAGAGACCACUACCCUACCACCUAAACCAACAAUGACCAUUACCCGCUCAUUUACUGUUGUUGAACCCACGCCCUCAAUAAUGCCAACAGCUACUCGAUCAAGCAUUACAUUGAGGCCUACACCCACAGCAUCACCAGUAUAUGUUACUCCUACCCCAAUGGUAACCUCUUCACCCCAUCCUAAACCCACUGCUUCUUCAGCUGUUCCCACUGUUGUACCUUCCCAAUCUGUAAUGAAGACACGUACCUCCAUGCCAGAACCAACCCCUACUCAAACUGUACCCAUGGUCACCACAUCACCUACUACACCAUCCCUUGCUACUGAACCUACAACCCCUAAACCACCCAUGACACCACCAAUGGUAACACCAUCAGCAAGUCCAACAUUGGCUGCAACCACUCCCAUUGUUGCAAUUGACACCACUGCUGCUCCUCCUACCACUCUUUACAUCAACAAUGCUCCUACAGUGAACAGACGUCUGAAACGUGUUGAAGCUAUGGAAGGGAAGUUGUUGAACUUCACUAUUCGUAGGAAUACUUUCUCUGAUAUUGAAGAUGGUGAUACAAGGAACUUGAGUCUCCUGGUACUGACAUUUGAACUUAAUGAGCUGCCUGCAAAGUUCUGGCUGAAAUUUGACAAGAAGUCCCAGACUCUGUAUGGUCUUCCCCUGAAAGAACAAGCCAAGGAGAAACGAUUUGAUCUGAUAUUAGUUGCUCAAGACAGCCAGGGCCUACAAGUGCGGAAUCCUUUUGAGGUUGUUGUAGCAGCAGCACCUUCUAUAGAGGAUGCACCACCCCCACCAGUGAAGCUGGGAAUGACUCUUGAUAUUGAUUAUGAUGAGUUCAUUAACAACCCACAGAUGCAACUGUUCAUCCUCAACAAAAUCGCUAAGGCAUUCGGUGAUAGCAAUGCAGAUGCAAUAACAAUUACCGAGAUUAAACGUGGCUCUGUCAUCAUUUCUUGGGUCAAUAACACCCUGCCAACGGAUCAGUGUAACAAUGAACUUAUUUUGGAGCUGCAGUCUAAGAUUAUGACUCCAAAUGGGAAGCCAACUCAGGCUUUGAUCGAUGCAUUUUUGCCAGAGUUUAACAUCACUGAAGUAGAAUCCGUACCCUUUGGUGUUUGUGCAUCUACAACUCCUGUUAUGGCAGUGGUAACAACUACUGCAGAUCCUGGCUUAGGAGGAGGAUCCAAUCAACCUAAUGAUAUGUGGAUCAGCACCGUUCUUCCUGCUGUAGUCAUUGCAGUCAUACUACUCAUAGCUGGUGUUAUUAUAUUCAUCUUGUAUCGCAAGAGUCGCAAGGGAAAACUGUCAGACGAGGACCAAAAUACAUUCAUUAACAAAGGCAUCCCUAUCAUCUUUGCUGAUGAGAUUGAAGAUGGAGAGAAGCAGCCAUCAUCUGGUUCACCUCUCAUCAUGAAGACAGAGAAACCUCCAUUGUCUCCUCCAGAAUAUACAGAGACACAACAACCUCUGCUUAAUAGCAACAAUCAACCUGGUGGUGGAGAAGAAGAUGAUAAGCAUAGUCUGCCAAUGGUAGAUAUGUCUGGUACCCCGAGUUAUCAACCUCCACCUCCUCUCUCUCCAUCUCCCCCUGAAAAUAGAAGCAAUGUCCCACCUAGAGACAUCUCAAGUUACAGGAAGCCCCCAGCUUAUGUCCAUAUUCAGCCUUAGCCUUGUACAACAGUUGUUCUUUCUUCUCUCAUCAAUUUUGUGAUUGACAAUGAAUUUUAUAAUAUCAUCUCUUUAUUUAACUGAGUGGUUUUUUCUUCAUGCCUAUAGAACAGGUAAUUACAAAAGUAAGCGAUUAAAACUAACAUUUUUAAAAUGUCCAGAAGACGAAAACUUGCAGUAUUUCAAGUGGUACUUUAGCUUACUUGGUUUAAAACAAUAAAAGGUAGGAUGUAUAGUAGUAAGUAAUGAAGUAAUGUCAUGUCCUCACACCUUAAAUUGUAGUAUUGACUUCUUUUGAUACAUUAUAUGUAUAAAAGUAUUUAUUAAAGAAUUUUUGCACAUUCUGUCAAUACAAGUUAUGUUGUUGUAAAUCCUUGGUCAUUUAUGCACGACAGGGGUUUCCCUUUUCUUAUUUUGUUAACAUCCACCUAGAAGAGUAUUAAACCAUAUUGGGAAGUUUGAACCAUAUUAUUAUUACCAAGUUUGCUCAAACUUUGCCAAAACAAGAGUAACAGUAAUAUCCUUUACAGUGUGCAGAUUUGCUGAAUUGUGAUGUAUCAGAUAGACUUGUCCAAGUACUUGCUGAAUUGUGAUGUAUCAGAUAGACUUGUCCAAGUACUUGCUGAAUUGUGAUGUAUCAGAUAGACUUGUCUAAGUACUUGCUGAAUUGUGAUGUAUCAGAUAGACUUGUCCAAGUACUUGCUGAAUUGUGAUGUAUCAGAUAGACUUGUCCAAGUACUUGCUGAAUUGUGAUGUUUCAGAUAGACUUGUCCAAGUACUUGCUGAAUUGUGAUGUAUCAGAUAGACUUGUCCAAGUACUUGCUGAAUUGUGAUGUAUCAGAUAGACUUGUCCAAGUACUUGCUGAAUUGUGAUGUAUCAGAUAGACUUGUCCAAGUACUUGCUGAAUUGUGAUGUAUCAUACAGACUUGUCCAAGUACUUGGCCUUAUUUAGAACAAGUUGUGCGUUGUCUUUCCCACAGCAAUGAUAUCUUCAUAAUCUAAAUAGAUAUAAAAAACACCAUGCUUUUAAAUGUGAGAGCUAAUUCUUUAUCUUUGUCAAACUUCUCUUUCUGAUCAAAAAGCAAAUCUUUAAUGUAUAGUGCUUCUAUGUGCUGUGUUGUCAAUGUUACAAAAAGGACCUUUGUUCAGCAACUAGGUGGAACUGUUGCUGCAUAUUCGUUUGCUUUAAUACUUUGUGAAGAGAUAAGUUACAACCUAUUUUUAACGAAGAUUAUACUUAUUUGUGUGAGAAAUUUUUGAGAGUAAUUUGGCACUAAAAUUGCCUUAUAUUUUUUAAACAUUGCUUUUUAUACCUAAAUUUUGUUUUUAUGGAUGACAGAUUUCUGUACAGAAAAUACAAUGCUUUGUAAGCUAUCAUAGCAGAAGUCUUAAAAGUUUUGAACGUUACCUUUGAAAUGCAGAAGCAACAUGCGGAUGCCAUUAAAUGAGCGAGAGGUUGGCUUUGUUAUUAAAUUAUUCCCCUAAACAUCUAUUUAUAAGUCUUGUUUUUGCAAGGAAUUGUUCAUUGUGACAAUGUUGCUUGAUGGUUUUUUUUACAAUAUAAAUAUCUGACAAAAUAAAAUUGAACAUUUGAAUGUGAGGGAAACACUGAUUAAAUAAAGUUGGUUCUGAGUGAAUAGAUAUUUUUCCUCAAUACAAAUACCCUCGUUAAACAGGUGUAUAUUCUCUUUUUCAUAUAAAGAAUGUUGCUACUUGAACCAAUACAAGAAGCCCACAUAUUUGAAGCUCUCAAUAGGAAACUUAUACCAUAAUUACUUUGGCAAGAAUGGAAAUUCACAGACAUUGCUUUUUUUAUUUUGUUUUUUUAUUGUGAAUGUACAUGUUGUUAGUUUAUUCAAUCAGGAACAUUAUGUUGAAAUCCUGAUUAAACUUGUACAACUUUUACUGACCAAAUGGCUUUCUAAUAAGAGCAAUCUAUUUAUUGGUUUAGUUGAGGCAUUCAGUUACGUUUGCAUGAAGCACAAAUCAACCUGGUGAAGGGUAUUUGAGUUGUGUUAUUGGGAUGCAAUCUGAUCCAAAUUUUGUUUAGAUCUGAUUUGCAAAUCGAAGUAUGUUUUCUCAACUUUGCAUUCUAGAUUGAAGUGAACACUAUUGAUUUUAUAAGGAGUAUGUAUCAUUGGGUUUAGGAAAAAACAUCUGUGAGCAUGAUUAUUUACAGGUCAACUUAAAUACUUGCUUGGGGACACGUUGUGUAGACAAUAAACAGGUUGAUCCAAGUUGUCACAAAAAUGGGCGGUUUGUUUUUUCCAUCAGUGUGAUUUCUCAGAUGGUUUUGUGGAUAUUUAAGUUUAAGUAUGAGCUCUUCUGUCCAGGGGCCAAUUUUCUAGAGCUGCUUGAGCAAACAAUUUGCUUUAGCACAAAAAUAGAUUGCUUAUUUUACACAUGUUACUUGCCAAAA